AUGGAUUUACAGCCAAUGCGCCAAUUUGAUUAUUUACAACGAACACUUUCAAUUUUUUUGACGAAUCCAUCUGAUAUGUCAGAACAAUUUGAAUUAUUAAUAGAUGAGCUUAUUAAAGAAAAUAAACAAAUCAAUAAAUCACCAAAGUGUUCUCCUGAAUCUACAUCGUCAGAUUCGAAAUCUGACUUACAGACAACAAUUUCUAAUUCUCCACAACCAUUACCCAAAAAACGUUCAGCUCCAAUAUCAGCAAAUACGAAACCUCCACCACCAAAACGUUUAAAAUCCACAACAACAACGACAACAACAACAAAUAAAGAUGAUGAUGAUAUUCCUAAAAAGAAAAAAAUACAAUCAGAGGAAGCAAUCAAUACAAAUGAUAAAGACGAAGAUAGUAAUGAAGAUGAAGAUGAUAAUGAUGAUACGAAAUCAAAACCAUCUGAAUCUCACACUAAUCCAUCAUCAUCAUCUCGAGAUAUUAAUGAAUUCGCUAUUGAAUUAGGUCUUGUUUGCAAUAAAUGCAUGGUUCUUACGGAAGAAAAAGAUAAUCGUUUAGUUGAAUGUCAUGAAUGUCAUGCGAAGUAUCAUCAAAAAUGCCACAAACCAUCAGUUAGUACUGGUGAUAUUAGUGAUCCUCGAUGUUUAUGGUAUUGUGCAAAAUGCCGACGAUUAAUUAACAAACGACAACAAUCACAAUCAUCAAUUAAAGAAACAAAAACAAAUAGUAAUUCAUCGUCAUCAAUCAAUAAAUCAAAAACGUCUGAGUCACCAUUGUCAACAGGAAAGAAAAGUAUAUCAACGUCUAUUACAGAUGUAACUACUGGACUUUUUUCAUUUAAAUCCAAACCGUCUGAUUCAACAAUAUCAGAUACUACGACAAUUAGUAAUCCAACAAUUUCUAAUUCAAAUUCUUCAUUAGCAAAUGGUAAUGCCACCAAAAAUACUAACGGGUGGGCUUCAUUAGCUACUGGGUUUAAAGAAAAAAAGACAACGUCAGAAGUGACUAGUACUACUUCUAAUUCUUCAGCAAGCUCUAUUCUUGCUGAAUUAACAGCAUUGACUACAUCGAGUAAUAGUAAUAAUACGAAGCGUUCACCACCAUCACCAAAAUCAUUAAAUUCUUCAUUAAAACAAUCAAUCAAUGGUAGCAAUACGGGAUCACUAAAAACAACAAGUUCAUUAUCUCUGUCAUCAUUAAAAUCAACCAAACCAUCGUCUCCUCCUGUAAUAAAACCUCAAGUGUCAUCAUCGUCAUCAUUAAAGUCUACACAAAAAUUACUGCCAACAUCUAAAAAUUUACAAAGAAUCAGUUCACCGACGCCACUUGGUCGACAAACAUCUGUUCUUAAAUCUCCCCCGUCAGCAUCAUCACCAACAAAUACAACAUUGAAUCGUUUAAAUAGUUCGGGUAGUAAUAAUUCCGGUAGUAAUUCUUCGCCACCAACAAUUGGUACAACUGCUAAAAUAGCGACGAGUCUUGAUUUUGAAAAAAGAUUAAAGCAAAUGAAGAAACUGGCUGCUGAAAAAAGUUUGACUAAAAAAUCUUGA